AUGGCCUCCCGCUUGCGAUGGCUUGGGGGAGCCUCGUGCUACUCCUUGCGCUACGACAAAUUAUUUAUCUUGAGCGUCCUCGCAGAAUGCUCUCCCAGUGAAAUAAUCCCAACAAUAGGUCUCAUGGUUGCCGAACUACUACUUGCCGUCGCAGGUGUCAUCGAUGGUUGCAUUAAACUCGCGAAUAAAGUCAUCACUACUUAUCAGUCGUAUCGUGGUGCAGAUGAACUCAUCAAUGAGAGACUGGUUCUGGUGCAAGCUCUUUGGACGAAACUUGAAAUCCAGCUCAAUUUCCUCAAAAAGAUCUCAUCACAGCUCGACGAGGAGCUGGCACAAAGCCACUUAGACCUCCUCGAGAUCCUCAACGGCAAGCUGCUUCAGGCUGUUGCCCGACUCAACGUCUCAACAUCUUCCACCUCCAACGACUCGACUCUUAAGCAGAAGACCUCCGAAGUUUGGAGGAAAUGGCGCUUCUCAAUGGCGAAGAAAGGCCUCGACGAAUUGGUGACCGAAUUGGAGGCAUGGAGAAGCCGUUUUGAUCCGACAUGGUAUCUCAUCAUUCUGAUGAGUAGCACCACCUUAGACACGGCGCUUAAAGAGACAGAUACAAAGUCUACCGAUUCGACGUCUGUCUGCUCAAGCCCUAGCCCUCUAGACAGCAUGCUCGCACUUCGACACGCAAUCAGCCCUCCUAAAACACCAAUCUCUGGUGAAUCGCAGCCAAAGACAAGCUUGAACCUUGAUGCGGCUGGUCUCCGCGGCGCAACAGAAACACCAAUACCCUUCUCCUCGGCUCGAUCCAUCGUCAGAGCAGGCUCAAACAGCCUUCUCAUUGCCGAGUCUGUCAAUGCGCCUCCAGGAACAAUCUCACAGGUAAAAGUGGACGUUGAAAAUCUUGCCCGGCGCCUCCAGCAGGUUGACCCCCAAACUUUCGGUCUUCUUCGCUGCUACGGUCUACUCAAGCAUCAAGAUCCCGCCACAAAGGGCCUCAAGUACAUCGAAGUCGUCUAUCGUGCACCGCAGGAUGCCAACCCUCCCAUGACCCUCCGCCAGCUUCUUCUCCGGCACCACCCUGUCAGCGCGUCAGCUAUUGUGCGGACAGCGAAGCAGCUUGUAUACUCCAUUAGCUACAUACAUACUUGUGACUUCGUACACAAGAACAUUCGGCCCGACAAUAUUCUAGUCUUUUCCGAUGCCAAUUCAUCUCUGGGGACAAGCUAUCUUCUUGGCUUCAACCAGUUUCGUAGCACCCACUUUCAGACAAACCUGCUCGGCGACGCAGCGUGGCAUAGAAACUUAUACCGUCAUCCGGAACGGCAGGGAAACUUGGUCCAAGAGCGCUACAUCAUGCAGCACGACAUCUACAGUCUGGGCGUCUGUCUGCUCGAACUGGGUCUAUGGCGAUCAUUCGUGUGGUACCCGGACGAGAGCCAAAGCGACACAGCAGCGCCUGUGCCAGGAAUCAGUCUUGGGUUGGCUCUCUCCGAUUCUCAUUUCCAAAAGACCAAUACAGGAGGCGACGGGCGGCUGAAGGAGCAUUUGGUGGGCAUGGCGAAGACCAUUCUUCCAUCUCGCCUGGGAGAUUUGUAUACAGACGUGGUUGUGACAUGUCUGACAUGUUUAGACCCGGAGAAUGAAGCUUUUGGAAGUCAAGAGCAGUAUUUGGACGAGGAUGGUAUUGUAGUUGGCGUUCGAUUCAUCGAAAGUAUACUAGACAAAAUCUGCCAGAUAGUUGUUUGA